AUGAAUGACAAUAUAGAAUGUCAGGGAUGUGGCAAGCACUUCACCAGAAUGACAACAACCAUAUGCGGUCAUUGCAAGUGGAGACAAGAGAAUCCCGACUCUGGACCAUGCCAAAUCCCUCAAUGCUCAGGUUGUGGGAAGUGUUACCCUUAUCUUUCCGACGAUCCAUGUGAAUCAUGCCAGAAGGACCUUCAUAAUCGGAACUCAAAUCAAGAUCACAGAUUGGCUUUGGCCCCGGCAGUUCCAGCUUCUCCAAUGAUUCCACCUUUGAGUGCAUCAAAUCUUCCACGUGAGCUUUUCCAGGGAGGAUUACUCACUCAACCGGCUUCAAAUACCCAGUCCAACUCUUUUGCCAUUGGCAUAAAUCAAUCUCGGGUCAAGGCUCCUUACGUAUCUCAUAGUUCUUCAACUGGUUUUAAUUCACAACUUCAGAAUUAUAUUUGUACGUCUCAAUCGGGAAGGCGAACUGUUGGUCAGCCAAAGGGCAGGAGAAAGAAAGAAGUGGAAGUGGCCAUAGAGGAAGAAGAUCCGGAAGUUGAAAUCACAAUGAGUUUCACUUACUCCAGUGGAAUCGGAAAGUCCAAUGUCAAUCAUGGUCUCACACCUCGGAAAUUUGAAAUUGACUUGAACAGCUCUGAUUGGUUCUCGCAACUAGGGUUGGAUGUCUAUGCGUAUUAUAAAGAAGAAGCCGAAGCUUCUUCAUUUCCAUCCAAGGAUCAGAUUUGA